AUGGAAGUUUUAGAAAUAGUAGUUUUACACCAUCCAGCCACAUCCAAUGUAAUCAAAAAUAUCCUAUUAAGCAACAAUACAGUGCUGGGACGAAAUGGUGAGAUGGCUGAAAACGUUGAAGUUUCUUUAUGCAAACUAUUGAUAUCCAACAAAUUUUCCCUUCGAAUUGAAGAAUCAAACUUGCCAUGCAAUGUAGGCUUUACUGUAGGUGUUGGUUGGGUUUGUAAAGAGAAAAACACUGCUCUUGCCAAUAUUAUGCCGAUAGUCACUGAUGGAGCUCCUGCAAACGUUUGUCGACAUCGUGGGUUUAUCGCCCUUUUGAAAUGGGAAAUACCAGAUAUUUUAGCUGUUCACUGCGUGAUUCACAGACCCUCAUUUAGUAGGAAAAAAUCUCAGCGACCAUUUGCAUCAGUUAUUGCAAUAUAUCAUAUUUGCUGUGAACGAUAUCCCCAGUUAUACUCUCAACGAUUGAUUAUUCAGACACCUGUGUAUGAUGAGGAAUUCAAUCGCUUGCUACUGCACACCGAGAUUCUCUGA